UUUAAUAGCAACGGCGACUUAACUAGGCAUUACCGUAUACAUACUGGCGAAAAGCCGUAUAGUUGCUCAUUUGAUGGCUGCGCAAAAGAAUUCACCCGGAAGGACGCUCUAACUAAUCAUAUUCGAACACAUACACAAGAGAAGCCUUAUCAAUGCACGGAAGUUAAUUGUGGGAGAUGGUUUAUUAAUACAUCGAUCCUUAAGCGACAUAAGCUUACCCAUACUGGCGAAAAGCCGUAUCGUUGCUCGUUUAAUGGCUGCAUAAAAGAAUUUACCCGGAAGGACACUUUAACUAAUCAUAUUCGAACACAUAAACAAGAGAGGCCUUAUCAAUCCACGUAUCCUGGUUGUAAGGAACGAUUCUCUGAUGUAAGUGCGAAGUAA